UAAAUACUAUAUUUGAACUAUUAAUUAAAGAAUUUAAUAAUCGUUUGACUAAAGAAUUAAAUAAAUUUGACAAAGUUACUAACUAUACAGUAUUUAUAGUUUAAUUAUAAGAAUUUUUGUAAUAAGGUAAAUUUAAACUGAAUUAAUAAUAGUUAUAACUUAUAAACAUAAAAAAAAUAUAGAGUAUUGGGAGACGAAGAUAAGAAGCCGUUUGUGGAGGAGGCAGAGAAACUGCGAGUCAUCCAUAAGAGCCAACACCCGGACUACAAAUAUCAACCGCGACGGCGAAAGAGUAAUAAAAGUAACAGCAGUUGCGAAGGCGAGACAUCGAAAGGCAAAACAAAAGUUAUUAAACAAACGACCGCCUCUUCCGCCCCAAAUAAAAUAAUUAAAAAAGAGAACUUAAAUGGAGUGAAGAAUGGCUCGAAUGGCAGCAAACGUAAGGCAAACCAGACUUCAGUGAGCAAUGGAAACGGCAAUAGCGGUGCUCUCACUUUAACGCCUCCUCACACCCCCUCCAAUGAAGUGAGCACUUUGCAGCGCAAAAGAGAUAACACUGGUGAAACUAAGCCAGUCAUAAACCCCGGACCCCAUCACAACGGUCCGGCGACCGCCAGUGGCCCCAACGCUAUAGACUUCAGUCACGUGGAUGUGGGAAACCUGACCACAGAAGUGAUGACAAACAUAGACGAGACAGAACUCGACCAAUACUUACCACUUGUGAACGCCUCGUCCGCACAAUAUUCCAGUGCAAUGGAGGCCGCAGCAGCCAACUCGCCCGUCAAUGCAAUGUACGCCUGGUCUACCAAAUACCUUACAUCCCAUCAGAACAGUACAAAAGCCAAUGCCAAACAAAAUGACUCUUUCAAUGAUAAUAGUUAUGAAAGCCAUCAAAGUUUAUACCCGAGGAAUGGAGAGCACCAGCAGAUGGGCUCUUAUGACCACUGCGUUAGUGUUAAUCAACUCUACCCCUCGUAUUCAAGUUACGCCUUAUCGGCAAACCAUAGCCCUUACGGCACGGGAUUUAUGCCACUCCAGUGGCCUUACACUUGAUGCCAUCAAAUAUCAAACUAUCCCUUUAUUUUCAAACAUUUGCCUCUCUUUUAAGAAUUAUUUGAAUAAAUAUUUAUAAUUAUUAAGAAACGGCAACUGUAUUGCAAUUGUUUGAAUGUUAUUAUUAUAUUAAUUACAACAUUAAAUUUGUGAAUAAAUCUUAUUAUUCAAAAGUAAUUAUAAA